GAGCCGGGGCGGGGCGGAGCUCUCCAGCCCUCCCCGGGUCCCGCUACUGCGCAUGGCACGUUGCGUACCUCCCCCCACCCCCAGCAACCGGCCUGGCGGCGCGGCCCUAAACUAAGGAGGCGGAGCUGAGACGGGGUCGGGACUGCUUGCUAACUCCAGGACCAGAUUACCUAAAGCAGACUUAAUUGGGUCAUGGGAAACUAAACUGUUUUCCAAAGCGGUUGUUAGACUAGUUUGCAUCCCCAUCAGCAAUGUUUGAGUUUCUGUUGGUUUAAAUUUUUGAAAUUUUUGACAUUGAAGUAGGUCUACACAUUAGGAACUCAUGUCUUUUCUUGUAAGUAAACCAGAGCGAAUUAGGCGGUGGGUCUCGGAAAAGUUCAUUGUUGAGGGCUUAAGAGAUUUGGAGCUAUUUGGAGAGCAGCCUCCGGGUGACACUCGGAGAAAAACCAAUGAGGCGAGCUCAGAGUCGAUAGCAUCCCUCUCUAAACAGGAGAUCAUGAGUAGCUUCCUGCCAGAGGGAGGGCGCUAUGAGCUACUCACCGUCAUAGGCAAAGGAUUUGAGGACCUGAUGACAGUGAAUCUAGCAAGGUACAAACCAACAGGGGAGUAUGUGACAGUACGGAGGAUUAACCUGGAAGCUUGUUCCAAUGAGAUGGUGACAUUCUUGCAGGGGGAGCUUCAUGUCUCUAAACUCUUCAGCCAUCCCAAUAUCCUGCCAUAUCGAGCCACCUUUAUUGCAGACAAUGAGCUGUGGGUUGUCACAUCAUUCAUGGCAUAUGGUUCUGCAAAGGAUCUCAUCUGCACGCACUUCAUGGAUGGCAUGAAUGAACUGGCGAUUGCUUACAUCCUGCAGGGGGUGCUCAAGGCCCUGGACUAUAUCCACCACAUGGGAUACGUACACAGGAGUGUCAAAGCCAGCCACAUUCUGAUCUCCUCCGACGGGAAGGUCUACCUGUCUGGUUUACGCAGCAACCUCAGCAUGAUCAGCCAUGGGCAACGGCAGCGUGUGGUCCACGACUUUCCUAAGUACAGUGUCAAGGUUCUGCCGUGGCUCAGCCCGGAGGUCCUCCAGCAGAAUCUUCAGGGUUACGAUGCCAAGUCUGACAUCUACAGUGUGGGAAUCACAGCCUGUGAGCUGGCCAAUGGCCAUGUCCCCUUUAAGGAUAUGCCCGCCACCCAGAUGCUGCUGGAGAAGCUGAAUGGCACAGUGCCCUGCCUGCUGGACACCAGCACCAUCCCCGCUGAGGAGCUGACCAUGAGCACUUCACGCUCAGCAGCCAACUCUGGCCUGAGUGACAGCCUGGCCACAAGCACCCCCAGGACCUCCAAUGGCGACUCGCCAUCCCACCCCUAUCACCGCACCUUUUCCCCUCACUUCCACCACUUUGUGGAGCAGUGCCUUCAGCGCAACCCUGACGUAAGACCAAGUGCCAGCACCCUCCUGAACCAUUCUUUCUUCAAGCAGAGAUUUUUGGCUCUAACAGACCAGCUGUCAUGGGGCCACUUGCCCCACGGUGCCCUGGGAGCCAGAGCAACAGGAUCCACCCCCACCUGUCUCUCCUCCCUCAGAUCAAGCGACGCGCCUCAGAGGCUUUGCCUGAGUUACUACGCCCUGUCACCCCCAUCACCAAUUUUGAGGGCAGCCAGCCUCAGGAUCACAGCGGAAUCUUUGGCCUGGUAACGAACCUGGAAGAGCUAGAGGUGGACGACUGGGAGUUCUGAGCCUCUGAAGAAUGCACACGUUCUCCAUCCCGGGACACAUGAGCCCCAGCGGGGGCCCUUCCCGAGGGCUGGCCACAUUCCCACUCUCCUGAGUGCAGACUGGGUAGAAAAGACAUUUCUGCCAGGUUGGUUGGCCACUUACUCACUGGGAAAGAAAUUCCUGGAGAGAAACCUUCAUUACUGCUCCAGGACUUCUGAGACAUAAGGGAAUCCUGGCAGCCAGUGAUCAGAGGCCGGGAAGCUGACAUUCCAUCCUGGGAGCUCAGGUGACCUCUUCAGAAGGAAGAGAUGCUGUUCUGGCCCUGGAGGGCUGAAGGCCAAGCCCAGGAUUUGACUCCUUGACCCAGAGGAUUGUGUGACUUCCUCUUCUCACUCUUGUCCUACUAGCCUGUUCCAUCCUCUUCCUCUGCUCUCAGAUCCUGUAGGUCCAUGGAGGGGCAAGCAAUAAGCAACCUGCCCCCCACCCUAGCCCCCAGACUUCUCCCUAAUAAUUGAAGGGAAGAGCAUUUUUUUCUUGUUAAGCACCAGGUUAAGGCUGGGGCAGUCCCUCCUCACCUGCUCAUUGCUUGGGCGGAAACACCUUCCCAUAGUUCAUCUGUGUGGCUCAUCCCUUUCCCACCAAGAGCCCAUCUUACUGCCUCCUGUCGGCACCUGGAGGCUUCCUCCAAGGCCACAAGGUCUUGCCUAGCCUGAGGACUUAAGUCCUUGUGCAGCUUUAGUUUCAUCGCCAGAACAAAUUAAAAUUUUUGGAGAAUCCA